CGCCGACGACGUCAUCCGUGCUUUGCUUCCUUCUCACGAACUAACCCCCCUACCUCUUACACAAGAUCAUCAGUCGAUAUGUUCUCCCGCUGUGUCGCUCGAUCCGCGGUCGGGUCUACGCCGUUUCAGACCUCCGUGGUGAAAUCCCGCAUCAUUUCGCAUCAUCUGUCCUCGGUUACGACUACGCGUCAAUGUUGGGGUCCGAUUUCGAAUCCGUGGGUUGAUGGUCGGAGAUAUAUUUCUGUCUAUGGGUACACACAGGCAAAGGCCCUCGUGUAUUCGCGUUACGGAGAGCCACAGGAUGUUUUACAGCUUCACAAACAUUCGAUCUCCGCCCCCAAUGGGUCUCAGGUUAAUCUCCGUCUGCUCGCGGCGCCUAUGAACCCUGCCGAUAUCAACCAGAUCCAGGGAGUGUAUCCGAGCAAACCGACCUUCCAGACAACCAUUGGCACGCAGGAUCCGUCCGCGAUUGGUGGAAAUGAGGGCGCAUUCGAAGUUAUCGCCACAGGCCCUGGGGUUCAGGGUCUGGCUCAGGGGGACUGGGUCAUUAUGAAACGAACGGGCCAGGGUACUUGGCGCACCCAUGCCCAGCUGGACGAGUCCCAGUUGAUUAAGAUCGAGAAUAAAGAGGGCUUGACGCCCCUGCAAGUCAGCACCGUCAGCGUAAAUCCCGUCACGGCUUACCGGAUGAUGAAGGACUUUUGUGACUGGGACUGGCUGCGUACUGGCGAGGAGUGGCUCAUCCAGAAUGGAGCGAACAGCGGCGUGGGACGUGCCGCGAUCCAGCUGGGACGGGAAUGGGGUAUCAAGACGCUCAACGUGGUGCGGGAGAGAAAGACCCCCGAGGAGACCGAGGCCUUGAAGCAGGAGCUCAAAGACCUGGGUGCGACUGCAGUGGUCACCGAGGCGGAGCUGCUUUCCCGCGACUUCCGGAAUAUGGUCCACGAACUCACCAGGCAGGGUAAGGAGCCGAUUAGACUGGCGUUGAACUGUGUGGGGGGGAAGAAUGCGACGGCUCUGGCGAAAGCCCUCGCCCCUGGCUCCCAUAUGGUCACUUACGGCGCCAUGUCAAAGCAGCCCGUUGCGUUGCCGUCUGGCCUGUUGAUCUUUAAGAACCUCGUGUUUGACGGCUUCUGGGUGAGCAGAUGGGGGGACAAGAACCCCCAACUGAAGCAAAACACCAUCAGUGACGUCCUCGAAUUGACCCGCGCAGGUAAAUUCAAGGAUAUCCCUGUCGAUGAGAUCAAAUGGAGUUGGAAUACUGAAGCUCCCGAGCUCAUUGCCGCUGUGCAGGAGACCCUGACGGGAUACCGUAGUGGGAAGGGUCUGCUCACGUUUGAAGGCGAUGAUUAAGAGUUGUUCCUACCUGAAAGUGUAUUAUGCAAAUUAAUAGCAGAAUCACGGGGAUGAAAAUUCAGCGGGUUGUCUGUCUACAAG